AUGGCCGAACUGACCGCAGUAGCAGCCCCUCCAAGCCCCGCCAAGGUGGACGGCAACGACGUUGUGGACGAAAGCACGAUUGCGGACCCCAAGGCCUACAACACGGAGAAGGCCACCGUCAAGUCCGAGAAGCCAACAGAGGAGCGGGAGCCUCGCGGCAUCAUCCUCUUCUGGCUUUGCUGCGUGAGUGCCCUGGAGGGUCUGGACACUCAGCUGGUCCCAGCGUGCCAGUUCGCCUUGCAGAGGGAUCUUGGCCUCAGCCUUGGUCACUUCGCCAUCCUGACCACCGUGCAGAUGGUGCUUACCAACCUGGCAGCACCCUUCUGGGGGAUCCUGGCUGACCGGGGAACGAUGAAGAGGAAGCACAUUCUGUUCGUCGGGGCACUGGGUGAGGGCCUCGCCGUCGCCAUCUUUGCCUUCGUGCCCAAUUUCUUUAUCAUGGUACUCCUGCGGGGCAUGAGCGGCUUCUUCCUGGCCUCCCUCCGGCCGGUUUGCAACGGACUCAUCGCCGAUCUCACCUCGGACAAUCGCCGGGGCAAAAUAUUCGGCCGCGUGCAGAGCGCACUCCUCUUUGGCAUGUUCUGUUCCCUGCUGAUCGCCGGCAAUGUGGCCAACCCGUAUGUGGGCAACAUCCCCGGCUGGCGUUUCCUCUUUGCGGGCGCUGGCGUCGUUGCCUUCUGUGUCGCCGCUGGCGUUGCCGGCUUCCUCGUGGAGCCGCCCCACCAGCUGGACACGGCAGCCGAGAAGAAGGGUUGUGCCGCGGUGGGCGCCGAGCUCUGCACUGUCGUCAACUUUCUGUGCAUCCCGACUUUCUGUGUCAUGAUCAUGCAGGGGGUGUUCGGCACCAUCCCUUGGAGCGUCAUGGGCAACAACCUGCUCUACUUCAAGCUUUGUGGCUUGGAAGACUGGGAGGCGAGCAUCUUGGCCUCCGAGGGCACUGUGAUGGGCAUGUUCGGCAACAUCAUCGGAGGGAUGGUUGCUGAUGCCCUGGCCCGGCGCUUUGGCUACCAUGGCCGUCCCCUGAGUGCACAGAUCACGGUGGCCAUCGGCAUCCCCCUGGUCUUCCUGCAGUUCUACGGCAUCCCUGCGGGUUCGGGAAGCUUCGGGACAUACUUCGCCCUCAUUGCAGGCUUUGGCAUCCUGGGAUCCUGGGCCCAAUCUGGAACCAACUUCCCCAUCCUCUCUGACAUCGUGCCUGCCAGUGAUCGCAGCAAAGUCAUGGCUUGGGAGUGUGCCAUGGAGAACUCGCUGGCAAAUGCCAUUGGCCCAGCCAUGGUAUCCAGCCUGGCAACCGGGGUCUUUGGUUACAGGUUCGGCGAGGAGGAGCUCAGUGGACAGUCGCUUAGCUCUGCCACAGCUCUUGGAAGUGCGAUGGCUCUCACAAUUUGCAUUCCCUGGAUGAUCACCCUGGCAGCCUACACGCUGCUCCAUUGGAGUUAUCCUCGAGACAUGCGCCGUCUCCUGGCAAAGCAGCGAGCGGCAGCUGAGGCCCAAGUGUAG